GAUUAUAGUGAAGAAAGAAUUCUUUCAAACAUCUUCGAUUCCUUGAAAGAAUUCAACCGAGAAAGGGAUGAUAGAUCCAUGGCGGAGAAAGUGUACAAAAUCCUAGUAGGCAGGAGAUUUUUUAUUGUGAUGGAUGAUAUGUGGAGCACCAAGGUACUGAAUGAUGUAAAGAAGUUGUUUCCUGACGACAACAAUGGGAGUCGAAUUCUGUUAACCACAAGGUUGGUAGAUGUUGCUGCUUAUGCCAACUCUUCCACGCCUUCCCAUAAGAUGCGUUUGAUGGAUCCGUGUCAGAGCUGGAAUCUACUACGAGAGAAGGUGUUCGGACACCAAGAUUCCGUCCCUCGUGAAUUGGAGGCCAUUGGAAGGGAGAUUGCAAGAAGCUGCGGAGGAUUGCCCCUUGCAACGAUGGUGGUUGCAGGACUCCUAUCCUCGGUGAGUAAAACUCCAACUUCAUGGGAGGAAAUUGCUAAAAAUGUAAGAUCAUCUCUUGCCACAACAGAUGGGCGGGUGCAAAAGAUUCUAUCCUUGAGUUACAACCAUUUGCCUCAUCAUUUGGGGGCGUGUUUCUUACACAUGGGAGGAUUUCCAGAAGAUCACGAGAUCAAAGUUGAGAACCUGAAGAGGUUAUGGAUAGCUGAAGGCUUUGUGAAACCAGUUGCAUCUAAAAGCUUUGAAGACAGAGCAGAAGAGUAUCUGGAGGAUCUUAUUAGGAGAAGUCUUGUUAUUGUUUCCAAUAAUAAAUCUAAUGGCAAAAUAAAAAGUUGCAGGCUCCAUGAUCUGGUACGAGAUUUGUGCAUCAAGAAAUCGCAGGAAGAGAAGUUUCUUGUGCACGUUAAGGGUAGGCGAGCGCUGGAGCUGAUGAAAAGCAUGAAAGAUGAGCGCAGGAUAAGUGUUUCUAGCUCUAAACUCGAUUCUUUCGCUCACAUUUUUAGCACAACCAUCCGGACUAUAAUGUACUUCGAGUAUAAACUUGAGUCUUUCGGGAGCUUUAGAUUGCUCAGGGUCCUCGAUGUGCUGAGAGUCUGA